AUGGAUUUCGUUAUGAAACAAGCUUUAGGGGGGGCAACAAAGGAUAUGGGAAAGAUGUUGGGAGGUGAAGAAGAAAAAGAUCCAGAUGCUCAAAAGAAGGAGGAAGAGAGACAAGAAGCUCUACGCCAACAAGAGGAUGAAAGGAAGGCAAAGCAUGCCCGAAUGGAAGCAGAAAGGGAGAAAGUCCGGCAACAGAUAAGAGAUAAGUAUGGAUUAAAAAAGAAAGAAGAAAAGGAAGCUGAAGAGAAAGCAGCAAUGGAGCAACCUUGCGAGGGCAGUUUGACUCGCCCAAAGAAAGCCAUCCCUGCAGGAUGUGGGGAUGAGGAUGAGGAGGAAGAAGAGAGUAUUUUGGACACAGUACUCAAGUACCUCCCAGGUCCUCUUCAGGACAUGUUCAAAAAGUAA